UUUUAAUGAAUUUCCUCUCACCGUUUCAACACUCUGUUAACUACAGAGCGAAUAACAUGGCGGCUCUUCGCAUUUCCUUCUACCUUCCAAUCAAAACCCAUCUAAACUCCACAAUCACUUGCAAUCCCAUCUAUCAGUUUCCCACGUAGAGCCCACGGGUGACUGAGACCAAUGUUCUCAACUGGGCUCUCUUUGUUUUUACCACCUCGCGCUCCUAUCCUCUGUUCUCCCCUUCAUCCCACUGAAACAGCUCCAAAAUCUCAUCCCUUUUCCCAGUUUUCGUCUACUCCCACCAAAAAAAUGGCGGCCACAACGCCUAUUGCGAUAACGACUAGCUUCGGGCUCAAGAAUUUGAUGGAGACAUUCACAGUUGAUGUGCAGAGAGCAGAGAAUAGACCACUGAAUGUCCCUUUGAUUGCGCCUUUUACGAUUUCAUCGUCGAGGCUUGAGAGGGUUGAGAAUGUGGCAAUUAGAAUUGAGCUCAGAAAUGGGUGUGCGGGGUGGGGUGAGGCUCCAAUUUUGCCUUUUGUGACUGCAGAGGAUCAGAGUACGGCUAUGUCAAAGGCGGCGGAGGCAUGUGAAUUUCUAAAGCGGAGUCCGGCAAUGACCAUGGGGUUGUUGUUGGCGGAGAUUGAUGGGAUUCUUCCAGGACAUGAGUUUGCUUCAGUUAGGGCAGGAGUUGAAAUGGCAGUGAUAGAUGCAGUUGCUACUAGCAUAGGCGUGCCUCUGUGGAAACUAUUUGGGGGAGUUUCAAAUACCAUAACAACUGAUAUAACAAUUCCAAUUGUUUCGCCAGCUGAAGCUGCAGAAUUGGCUGCAAAGUAUUACAAUCAAGGAUUCAAUACUUUGAAGCUUAAGGUAGGAAAGAAUCUGAAAGCAGAUAUAGAAGUUCUUCAGGCCAUACGUGGUGCACAUCCUGAAUGUUUGUUUAUCUUGGAUGCUAAUGAGGGAUACAAACCAACAGAAGCAAUUGAAGUUCUUGAAAAAUUACAUGAAAUGGGGGUCACUCCUGUUCUUUUUGAACAACCUGUUCAUAGAGAUGAUUUGGAGGGUCUCGGUCUAGUUACUCGUAUUGCUAAAAACAAAUAUGGGGUAUCUGUUGCCGCUGAUGAAAGCUGUCGGAGCUUAGUUGAUGUCCAGAAAAUAGUCCAAGGAAAUCUUGCAGAUGUCGUUAACAUUAAACUUGCCAAAGUUGGGGUAGUGGGGGCCCUUGAGAUUAUUGAUAUUGCAAGAGCAUCAGGAUUGCAUCUGAUGAUUGGUGGUAUGGUUGAGACUAGACUGGCCAUGGGCUUUGCUGGCCAUCUUGCUGCUGGCCUUGGGUGUUUCAAGUUCGUUGACCUAGACACACCCCUUUUGCUAUCUGAAGAUCCAGUUUUUGAGGGUUACGAGGUCUCGGGUGCGGUUUACAAGUUCACGAAUGCUCGAGGCCAUGGUGGUUUUCUUCAUUGGGACAAUAUUGCUUGAACUACAACUUUUGUUGCUUCCUUACCUCUGGAACUGUGAGUGGAGCUUGUAAGUUUCUGUUGUUUUUGAACCAUGCCCCCUAAAACCCGGUAGGCUUCCAUUUGAUAUUUCUGAUAAAUGACAAGGCAGGACCGAUCUCUGCUUAGAUUAAUGUGUCUUCAGGUGAGAUGUAUGAUAAAGGAUUCAAAUAAUUUUCAUUUAAGCAAAUCACUUCACCUUGUGUGAAAGUUGAUUUUGUUAUCAUUGGAAUUCGGAAAGAAAUUGUUUCCAGCAUUAUCAGACGAGUUUUGUACUUGCUAACUGAGAAGACUGCAUCAUCAUAUGAGAUAUCCAUGUCAAUGAUCAUAAAUGAGUUAUGAAUCUUA